AUGUUUCAGUGUUCCGGAAAACGGAGACUAAAGCAGAGGUUCAACGUCCCACAAGAUAACGACCCCAAAUACAGAAUUAAAGUGAUGCUGAAAUGGUCUAAAGUCAAUCAUCUGAAUGUCUUCUAAUGGCCCGGUCAAGGCAUAGACCCCGAUCCUACUGAACAUGAGCAAUUGUGUCAAGAAAAACAGUAAAAUAAUUGCAGGAUCUAAAUGUGCAAAAGCUGGUGAAGACUUACCCCAAAAAGACCGCUUUUGUAACUUAAAAAAGUUGGUUCUACCAAGUAUGGAGGAAGAAGGAAUAAUUAUACAAAUAAAAUGUCUGUUGUGCUUUGGUUAUUAAAACUUUUCUAUCAUGACAACAAUAAUUUGUAGGUUCAAAACCUAAGGAAUGUUGUGUAAAUCAGAUGGCAAAACUCAAUUUAAUUCUUGGCUGAACGCUAGAAAAUGUGAAUAUACAAAAACGUCUACAUUCAUUAUACAGUUAGAAUUACCUUUCCAUUAAAUAAUUUGCCAUGGAUCUCCAGACUGAGACAAGAUGUUAACGAUUACGGAUCGUACACGUUUUGGGUCAUUUUGGUUAAUAAUGGUAUCAUUCAGCCCCUUUCUUUUCCUCAAGCUAUACAAACCGAGGUCCACUCUCUCUUUCCAUUAGGAUUACUUGGGCAAUGUCGCAGCACAGGUUUUUGGUGCUCCACCCAACGCCCCACGUCCUUCAAACUCUGGAAGCAAGGUCGCCAUUGGUACCGAGACUCUUCAGGAGACCAACACCUCACAGGGGUUCCCAUCUACUGAUACAAGAACUGGAACCAGCUCCACGCAGGUAUGGGGACAUCUAUAAUAUUGAGACAUUGAGCACUGUAUUUAUUAAAUGUGUACUUACUUUCCAUCCACAUGUUUUGUAGAUAACAGGUUUACUAAUCACCUACAGAGCCAAGCUAUGUCAGCAUACACAUUGACCAGACAUACAGGGUUAAUCCAUUAUAGCAUUCACUUCACAUUCACUAUAGCACUGUCAAGUGAAAUGAACAUUUUAGGCAAAAACUGUCACACUAAAAUUCUCCACACAAGUUAUUUUUCCAACUUGGCUAUUUAAUCUUAAAGGGACUGUUAAGUCCCCUACAACACUUUACAUCUGGUCUUUUUGUAAAAUGAAAAAAAUAAGUUCUGCAUGGUAAAUAGAAAUGGACAUUUUGUAAAUGAGCUUUGUUACACCCCCCUGACUGUCAAUUGGACAACCAUCCUAUUACAUCCUGGUUUGUGUAGCUCAGUGGAGCACCUGCCUUGAGCUGCAUUGGGAAGUCUGUGAUUGGACAGCCACAGAAAGUCUGGGCGGGGUUAGAAGGGGAGGGCUUGCAAAGGCUGCAGACAAGAAUAUAGCAAGCUGUUUUUAGAUAUACCCUAAAUGAAACAAAUGCCUAAUUAAAAUUAAAUGCAUGGAUGGUUUCAUUUGAGGUAUAUCUACCAAACAGUGAUAUAUAUUAUUAUGUUUAAUUUGGGCAGUGGAGUGUCCGUAAACAGUCUCCCUACAUACUUCCUGUAAAGAGAGAUGUAAUUUCCAAACGCCCUUUAUUGCACAGUCCAUUUGAUUUAGUAUUCCCUGUCUCCUGCUCUAUUAAUUGCCUGGUACAGCCUGCAGGAUCCUCCUGUGUGUGAUUAUUGUUCAGUUUACAGAGCAGGAGAUAAAAAUUUCUACAAUAAAACCAUACUGCAUAAACAGAAACAAAAGUGAUUUCACUCCUAAAGGGCAGAGAACUGAGCAGUGAGACUACAGGGACAUGAUCUAUACACCCAAACUGCUUCAUUAAGCUAAAGCUGUUUUAAUGACUAUAGUGUCCCUUUAAUAUUAUGCGCUGUUGCAAUGGUUUCCGUUUUAUCCCAUAUUCGGAGUUAUUUACGCUGAGCAGGAAGUUGGUGUUUAGAAGGUGAUGUGUCAGAUAACCACAAACGUGACAGCGCCAGUCCCAGGAAGCAACUCGCCAAUUAUUAAUGCUUUUUUUACAAAAAUAGACAUCUGUCCCCAAAUCGCACUCACUGCUUAACUGCUUCAGUGCCAGAGCUGAGAGCGUCUCGUCGGUCACUCUGCUGAUAAUGAAAGUAGUAACUAGUCAGUCUGCGGGAGCUGUAAUGAGUCAUUCGCUGAUAUGCAAGAUUUUGCCCAGUAAAACCCAAAUCAGUAACAAAAACUCCAAGUUAGCAAAGAUGUAGAUUUUUCUCCAGAACGUUAUAUAGUAUCAGUAACCCACAUAACUAAUUAUCAUUAUAUAGUAUCAGUAACCCACAUAACUAAUUAUCGUUAUAUAGUAUCAGUAACCCCCAUAACUAAUUAUCAUUAUAUAGUAUCAGUAACCCACAUAACUAAUUAUCAUUAUAUAGUAUCAGUAACCCACAUAACUAAUUAUCAUUAUAUAGUAUCAGUAACCCACAUAACUAAUUAUCAUUAUAUAGUAUCAGUAACCCACAUAACUAAUUAUCAUUAUAUAGUAUCAGUAACCCACAUAACUGAAUUAUCAUUAUAUAGUAUCAGUAACCCACAUAACUAAUUAUCGUUAUAUAGUAUCAGUAACCCCCAUAACUAAUUAUCAUUAUAUAGUAUCAGUAACCCACAUAACUAAUUAUCAUUAUAUAGUAUCAGUAACCCACAUAACUAAUUAUCAUUAUAUAGUAUCAGUAACCCACAUAACUAAUUAUCAUUAUAUAGUAUCAGUAACCCACAUAACUAAUUAUCAUUAUAUAGUAUCAGUAACCCACAUAACUAAUUAUCAUUAUAUAGUAUCAGUAACCCACAUAACUAAUUAUCAUUAUAUAGUAUCAGUAACCCACAUAACUAAUUAUCGUUAUAUAGUAUCAGUAACCCCCAUAACUAAUUAUCAUUAUAUAGUAUCAGUAACCCACAUAACUAAUUAUCAUUAUAUAGUAUCAGUAACCCACAUAACUAAUUAUCAUUAUAUAGUAUCAGUAACCCACAUAACUGGCUAAUUAUCAUUAUAUAGUAUCAGUAACCCACAUAACUAAUUAUCAUUAUAUAGUAUCAGUAACCCACAUAACUAAUUAUCAUUAUAUAGUAUCAGUAACCCACAUAACUAAUUAUCAUUAAAUAGUAUCAGUAACCCACAUAACUAAUUAUCAUUAUAUAGUAUCAGUAACCCACAUAACUAAUUAUCAUUAUAUAGUAUCAGUAACCCACAUAACUAAUCAUCAUUAUAUAGUAUCAGUAACCCCCAUAACUAAUCAUCGUUAUAUAGUAUCAGUAACCCCCAUAACUAAUUAUCAUUAUAUAGUAUCAGUAACCCACAUAACUAAUUAUCAUUAUAUAGUAUCAGUAACCCACAUAACUAAUUAUCAUUAUAUAGUAUCAGUAACCCACAUAACUAAUUAUCAUUAUAUAGUAUCAGUAACCCCCAUAACUAAUUAUCGUUAUAUAGUAUCAGUAACCCCCAUAACUAAUUAUCGUUAUAUAGUAUCAGUAACCCCCAUAACUAAUUAUCGUUAUAUAGUAUCAGUAACCCCCAUAACUAAUUAUCAUUAUAUAGUAUCAGUAACCCACAUAACUAAUUAUCAUUAUUUAGUAUCAGUAACCCACAUAACUAAUUAUCAUUAUAUAGUAUCAGUAACCCACAUAACUAAUUAUCAUUAUAUAGUAUCAGUAACCCACAUAACUAAUUAUCGUUAUAUAGUAUCAGUAACCCCCAUAACUAAUUAUCAUUAUAUAGUAUCAGUAACCCCCAUAACUAAUUAUCAUUAUAUAGUAUCAGUAACCCACAUAACUAAUUAUCAUUAUAUAGUAUCAGUAACCCACAUAACUGGCUAAUUAUCAUUAUAUAGUAUCAGUAACCCACAUAACUAAUUAUCAUUAUAUAGUAUCAGUAACCCACAUAACUAAUUAUCAUUAUAUAGUAUCAGUAACCCACAUAACUAAUUAUCAUUAUAUAGUAUCGGUAACCCACAUAACUAAUUAUCAUUAUAUAGUAUCAGUAACCCACAUAACUGGCUAAUUAUCAUUAUAUAGUAUCAGUAACCCACAUAACUAAUUAUCAUUAUAUGGGAUCAGUAACCCACAUAACUAAUUAUCAUUAUAUAGUAUCAGUAACCCACAUAACUGGCUAAUUAUCAUUAUAUAGUAUCAGUACCCACAUAACUAAUCAUCAUUAUAUAGUAUCAGUAACCCACAUAACUGGCUAAUUAUCAUUAUAUAGUAUCAGUAACCCACAUAACUGGCUAAUUAUCAUUAUAUAGAAUCAGUAACCCACAUAACUAAUUAUCAUUAUAUAGUAUCGGUAACCCACAUAACUAAUCAUCAUUAUAUAGUAUCAGUAACCCACAUAACUAAUUAUCAUUAUAUAGUAUCAGUACCCACAUAACUGGCUAAUUAUCAUUAUAUAGUAUCAGUAACCCACAUAACUAAUUAUCAUUAUAUAGGAUCAGUAACCCACAUAACUAAUUAUCAUUAUAUAGUAUCAGUAACCCACAUAACUGGCUAAUUAUCAUUAUAUAGUAUCAGUAACCCACAUAACUAAUUAUCAUUAUAUAGGAUCAGUAACCCACAUAACUAAUUAUCAUUAUAUAGUAUCAGUAACCCACAUAACUGGCUAAUAAUCAUUAUAUAGUAUCAGUACCCACAUAACUAAUUAUCAUUAUAUAGUAUCAGUAACCCACAUAACUGGCUAAUUAUCAUUAUAUAGUAUCAGUAACCAACAUAACUAAUUAUCAUUAUAUAGUAUCAGUAACCCACAUAACUGGCUAAUUAUCAUUAUAUAGUAUCAGUAACCCACAUAACUAAUUAUCAUUAUAUAGUAUCAGUAACCCACAUAACUGGCUAAUUAUCAUUAUAUAGUAUCAGUACCCACAUAACUAAUUAUCAUUAUAUAGUAUCAGUAACCCACAUAACUAAUUAUCAUUAUAUAGUAUCAGUAACCCACAUAACUAAUUAUCAUUAUAUAGUAUUAGUAACCCACAUAACUAAUUAUCAUUAUAUAGUAUUAGUAACCCACAUAACUAAUUAUCAUUAUAUAGUAUCAGUAACCCACAUAACUAAUUAUCAUUAUAUAGUAUCAGUAACCCACAUAACUAAUUAUCAUUAUAGUAUCAGUAACCCACAUAACUAAUUAUCAUUAUAUAGUAUCAGUAACCAACAUAACUAAUCAUCAUUAUAUAGUAUCAGUACCCACAUAACUAAUUAUCAUUAUAUAGUAUCACUAACCCACAUAACUAAUUAUCAUUAUAUAGUACCAGUAACCCACAUAACUAAUCAUCAUUAUAUAGUAUCAGUACCCACAUAACUAAUCAUCAUUAUAUAGUAUCAGUACCCACAUAACUAAUUAUCAUUAUAUAGUAUCAGUACCCACAUAACUAAUUAUCAUUAUAUAGUAUCAGUAACCCACAUAACUAAUUAUCAUUAUAUAGUAUCAGUAACCCACAUAACUAAUUAUCAUUAUAUAGUAUCACUAACCCACAUAACUAAUUAUCAUUAUAUAGUAUCAGUAACCCACAUAACUAAUCAUUAUAUAGUAUCACUAACCCACAUAACUAAUUAUCAUUAUAUAGUAUCAGUAACCCACAUAACUAAUUAUCAUUAUAUAGUAUCACUAACCCACAUAACUAAUUAUCAUUAUAUUAAAUCAGUAACCCACAUAACUAAUUAUCAUUAUAUAGUAUCAGUACCCCCACAUAACUAAUUAUCAUUAUAUAGUAUCAGUACCCCACAUAACUAAUUAUCAUUAUAUAGUAUCAGUAUCCCACAUAACUAAUUAUCAUUAUAUAGUAUCAGUAACCCACAUAACUGGCUAAUUAUCAUUAUAUAGUAUCAGCACCCACAUAACUAAUUAUCAUUAUAUAGUAUCAGUAACCCACAUAACUGGCUAAUUAUCAUUAUAUAGUAUCAGCACCCACAUAACUAAUUAUCAUUAUAUAGUAUCAGUAUCCCACAUAACUAAUUAUCAUUAUAUAGUAUCAGUAACCCACAUAACUGGCUAAUUAUCAUUAUAUAGUAUCAGCACCCACAUAACUAAUUAUCAUUAUAUAGUAUCAGUAACCCACAUAACUAAUUAUCAUUAUAUAGUAUCACUAACCCACAUAACUGGCUAAUUAUCAUUAUAUAGUAUCAGUAACCCACAUAACUAAUUAUCAUUAUAUAGUAUCACUAACCCACAUAACUGGCUAAUUAUCAUUAUAUAGUAUCAGUAACCCACAUAACUAAUCAUCAUUAUAUAUAGUAUCAGUAACCCACAUAACUGAUUAUCAUUAUAUAGUAUCAGUAACCCACAUAACUAAUCAUCAUUAUAUAGUAUCAGUACCCACAUAACUAAUUAUCAUUAUAUAGUAUCAGUAACCCACAUAACUAAUUAUCAUUAUAUAGUAUCAGUACCCACAUAACUAAUUAUCAUUAUAUAGUAUCACUAACCCACAUAACUAAUUAUCAUUAUAUAGUAUCACUAACCCACAUAACUAAUUAUCAUUAUAUAGUAUCACUAACCCACAUAACUAAUUAUCAUUAUAUAGUAUCAGUAACCCACAUAACUAAUUAUCAUUAUAUAGUAUCACUAACCCACAUAACUGAUUAUCAUUAUAUAGUAUCAGUAACCCACAUAACUAAUCAUCAUUAUAUAGUAUCAGCACCCACAUAACUAAUUAUCAUUAUAUAGUAUCACUAACCCACAUAACUCCAGCUAAUUAUUAUAUAGUAUCAGUAACCCACAUAACUAAUUAUCAUUAUAUAGAAUCAGUAACCCACAUAACUAAUUAUCAUUAUAUAGUAUCACUAACCCACAUAACUAAUCAUCAUUAUAUAGUAUCAGUAACCCACAUAACUCCGGCUAAUCAUCAUUAUAUAGUAUCAGUAACCCACAUAACUAAUUAUCAUUAUAUAGUAUCUGUAACCGACAUAACUAAUUAUCAUUAUAUAGUAUCAGUAACCCACAUAACUGGCUAAUUAUCAUUAUAUAGUAUCAGUAACCCACAUAAUUAAUUAUUAUUAUAUAGUAUCAGUAACCCACAUAACUGGCUAAUUAUCGUUAUUUAGUAUAAGUAACUCACGUAAUUCCAUUGCUUUGUGAGCCAGUAGUGGGUUUUCAUUUGUUUAGCAAACUGUAAAAUAUUUACGUGGUGUCCAAUACCUUUACAGAGAAAUUAGCAAAAAAUGAAAGACUACCUUUUAAUGGAUAGGGAUUUUUUCAUCUUGCGAUGUUGUGGGGACUGAGGCAACUAAGGCAUUUCUGCUCUGUGUUUCUUCAUCCUUAAAUCCCUGCUUCCUUUUUCAUUACACCCACAUACAUAUACACAUACACACGCAGUGGUGUAUCCUGGUUUUGUGCUGCCCCCCGCAGCCUCCUUACCUUUGGUAAUGCUGGGGUGGGUGACCAGGUAAGAAGCCACCUGGGCUGUGAGUUUGUGCACAGGGGCUGUGCAGGUAAAGUGCUCCGAAUCGCAGGACAGGCAAGGACAAGCAGAAGAGUAGCCGUGGAAAGCCAAAGUCAGCAGGGUAAGCAAUGAGAAAAGACAAGGUCACAAGCCGGGAUCAAUCUGGAGAACACACAGUGACAGGAACCAAUAACGUGAGCCAGAGUCAAUGGACUGACAAAGUUCCCAGGGCGAGGCAGUGCUUAUAUACCCAGCUAAUAAAUGAUCUGCUUCAGGUGGUCUAGACAGACUGGAGCAACCACGGGUAAAGUCCAGUCCCCAGUGCUGGAGACAAGGUGAGGAUAAACAUUAGACAUAAUCAAGGACUGAAGUGUUGUCCAGAUGCAAUACAGCAGGACUAAGGCAGAGAGAGUCCAGAGUUCAAAUCCCCUGUUGGGCCUUUCUGUGGUGACCAUGUCUGGAUGUCAUGGUGAGAACUGUGACACAUAUAAGAACAGUUUUUUUUUGUGGUUUUUUUUAGAUUUAGAGGAUCACUACUAUAUAAUCCUUAAGGUCCCCCCUUCCUCAGGGCCCCCUUCCUGCUGGGCUGAAGAGGUUAAAACCCCUUCAGCCACUUACCUUUGUCCAGUGCCAGGCUCCCUCGGCACUGGUGACCUCUCCUCCCUCUCCGACGCAUGCACGGCCAGACCCGCGUGCAUUAAAAUAUGCCCUUAGGAAAGCAUAUUCAAAUGCACGCUCUGCACACUCAAUGUGAUUUUCCCCUCUAGGCUGGAUUAACCCUGCAAUGUAAACAUUGUACAUCUGAAGGGUUAAAACCUGGGGGACCUGGCACCCAGACCACUUCGUUGAGCUGAAGUGGUCUGUGUGACUAUAGUGGUCCUUUAAUAAAUGUAUUUUAAAAAAGUGUGUACAAUUAUAAUAUAAUUUGUUAUGAAAAUAUAUAUAACAGUGCAAAGAGAAAAAAAUGUUUUAAUUCAAAAAUGUGCUGCCUGUAAGCUAAGGAGAAACAACUCAAAAUCAAUUCAUAUUUUUAAAACAUUGGGUAUUUACUAAGCACUGUAUAUUCGCUAACUUGGCUACAUAGCUAGGUCAUGACUGUAGCCGAGUUUUCCCAGAUAAGCUAUUGCCAUUCGGCGUCUUUGUAUAUAAACCUGCCGACAUCACUCCAUAUUUACUUAAAAGCAUUUUGACACUUUUCAUGCUGCCUCAGGGAAACCCCUUCCCGGAUUUCUGGUAAUAGCCCCACAGAACUCAUUACAUUUUCAUAGGGACUUUCAUAAGAAUGAUGUGCAUUACAGCAGAAAUAAACUUAAUAUUUGUUCAGAAAAGGUCACUAACACCCUCCCCCCCACCAUCUCUUUUUGGGUGAUAUAAUUUGGGUUUCUGCCCCUUUCAGGUUUUAAAUCUUGUAAAUUGUUGUCCUAGAACUCUUCAUCAUUCUGAGGCUCAGCUGAUCCAUCCUCUUUUUUCUGACUUCCCUGUUUGCCCAUUGCUAACUUCCAUGUUUGCCCAUUGCCGACUUCCAUGUUGGCCCAUUGCUAACUUCCAAGUUUGCCCAUUGCCGACUUCCAUGUUUGCCCAUUGCUAACUUCCAUAUUGGCCCAUUGCCGACUUCCAUGUUGGCCCAUUGCCGACUUCCAUGUUUGCCCAUUGCUGACUUCCAUGUUUGCCCAUCGCUUACUUCCAUGUUUGCCCAUUGCUAACUUCCAUGUUUGCCCAUUGCUAACUUCCAUGUUGGCCCAUUGCUGACUUCCAUGUUGGCCCAUUGCCGACUUCCAUGUUUGCCCAUUGCUAACUUCCAUGUUUGCCCAUUGCUGACUUCCAUGUUUGCCCAUCGCUUACUUCCAUGUUUGCCCAUUGCUAACUUCCAUGUUUGCCCAUUGCUAACUUCCAUGUUUGCCUAUUGCUGACUUCCCUGUUUGCCCAUUGCUAACUUCCAUGUUUGCCCAUCGCUAACUUCAAUGUUGGCCCAUUGCUGACUUCCAUGUUGGCCCACUGCUAACUUCCAGCUGAUCCAUCCUCUUUUUGCCCAUUGCUAUCAUGCAUUCUGAAUAUAGUGAGCGCCCUGGAAGCUAUAAAAACUGCACAUGAAAACAGAUAUUCGUACAAAUACAUAUAUAUAAUAUAAUGAAAUUAUUAAAUACUGCAUAGUUUCCCAAUUAUAUGAAUGAAAUAUAAUUCUCACAUUGUGGUGGAACAGGUGCUUCUGUGAUACUGCAUUACAUGUGAACAAGAAUUGUUUUUUUUUUUUCUUUACCUGUCUUUACUCUCGCAGUGUCACGGCUGCUAGUGUGGUCCAACACGCAGAAACUAUGUAAACAUAUACAUUAAAAAAGGAAAGGAAAUAAAAGGACAGAGCGUAAACCGGACCUUAGAAUGGCUGGACUAAUACGCUAGAGAUGGAGAAUGGUCAAAGGGAAAGCCGAGGUCAAGGAAGCCAGAAAUACUCAGAUACCGUUUAAACAAGCCAAGUCAGGGGAACCAGAAUUCGGAAUAACCAGGGAAAAGCCAAGAUCAGGAUACCAGGAAGUAAUAUUCACAAAGAUAAACACACUCUAGGGAACCAGGAACAGGAAACCACGACAGGGCAAGGUACUGGGGUGAAUUAGGGAUUUAAAUAUCCCUCUCUAGGCUCUGAUUGGUCAGAGGGUGACCUCUGACCCCAGAACGUGCGCAUGUGUUGACGUCAUGACGUCACGAGCACGUUCGUAUAAUUUUGGGGGGUCGAGCCAUGGAUGGACGCGACCUCAUGGUCGGCACCAUCUUGGAUUUCCCCGAGCGGCGUGGAGGAGCGGUUCCCGGCUCGCCGCUGAGCAGGUAAGCUCAGUGAAUUGGUGCGGUCGUGCCGGUUGGGCACGGACGCACGUGGAGGCGAGCCGGGGGCCGUGACACACAGAGGAAGCUGGUUUGCACUAACAGACAAUUAACACAGCAGAAGAUAAAAACUUCUAAAGUAAACACACUCUGCUUAUGUAAGAUAGAUUCCGAAUGAACAUGCCUUUUCAGGAUUUUUGCAGGGAGCUUGUGAGAUCAACAGCCAGCGGAGGUGUGGCUGGAAAGAAAUAUAGAGAGUAUUGAGCAGUGAGACUGCAGGAGCAUAAACUAUGCACCAUAGCCACUUCAUUACGCUUACAGUGUCCUUCCACUUUCUACACAUAUAUAUAUUUUUUUUAUCUUGCGGACUAUAGUAUUCUUUAGUAAUCUUUAUUUAAAAAAUACACUGGAAUCUUCUUUUCCAGGGAAGUGAACACCUGUUGAAAUCAGAGGAUGAUGUGGAGGCCAGAGAAUCGAAUGUGGGACAUAUGGAACCUCCACCUGCUGUAGAACAUGAAGACAAAUGCCUGGGCCUAUCAGGUAACCUGGCCAUUUUGGAACCUAUAUUGGGACUCUGAAUGUUUCUAUUCAUAGUACACAGCGGUUUGGGAAAUGAAUGGUGGUUCUCUCCCACACAGGGAAGCCGUUCACCACCACUAAGAUUCUCUAAAAUGUGACUCAAUAUUUUAAUCAGAACUGUCAGUCUUCGGUCCUUUCACAUACUAUGAAUAAAAAGUACAGGAGUACGUAUAGUUACUUAUAAUUUGUCCAUUCAUAGUAGCAUCUACAAAACAAUUCUAUGAAAACAGGUAUCUAUGAGAUUCUCGAGAAAUGGAGUUACUUGAAGUGAUGGGAUUUUAGUGCAACACGUAACAUGUAUGCUGGGAUUCUGGUGCAAUUUGUAACAUGUAUGCUGGGAUUCUGGUGCAACACGUAACAUGUAUGGUGGGAUUCUGGUGCAACAUGUAACAUGUAUGGUGGGAUUCUGGUGCAACACGUAACAUGUAUGGUGAGAUUCUGGUGCAAUGUGUAACUUGUAUGGUGGGAUUCUGGUACAACACGUAACAUGUAUGGUGAGAUUAUGGUACAAUGUGUAACAUGUAUGGUGAGAUUCUGGUGCAAUGUGUAACGUGUAUGGUGAGAUUCUGGUGCAAUGUGUAACAUGUAUGGUGGGAUUCUGGUGCAUCACGUAACAUGUAUGGUGAGAUUCUGGUGCAACACGUAACAUGUAUGGUGGGAUUCUGGUGCAACACGUAACAUGUAUGGUGGGAUUCUGGUGCAACAUGUAACAUGUAUGGUGAGAUUCUGGUGCAACACGUAACAUGUAUGGUGGGAUUCUGGUGCAACACGUAACAUGUAUGGUGGGAUUCUGAUGCAACACGUAACAUGUAUGGUGAGAUUCUGGUGCAAUGUGUAACUUGUAUGGUGGGAUUCUGGUGCAACACGUAACAUGUAUGGUGAGAUUCUGGUGCAACACGUAACAUGUAUGGUGGGAUUCUGGUGCAACACAUAACAUGUAUGGUGGGAUUCUGGUGCAACACGUAACAUGUAUGGUGAGAUUCUGGUGCAAUGUGUAACAUGUAUGGUGGGAUUCUGGUGCAUCACGUAACAUGUAUGGUGAGAUUCUGGUGCAACACGUAACAUGUAUGGUGGGAUUCUGGUGCAACACGUAACAUGUAUGGUGGGAUUCUGGUGCAACACGUAACAUGUAUGGCUAGAGUCUGAUGGAACACAUAAAAUGAACUGUACAAAGGUUUUGUAAACAAGAAUAUAUCUAACAUUAUUCAUUAAAUGGGGAAAUGGGAGAUUUUCAGAAUUAUACCUAAUGUGUAAGUAAAUUUUAGGUACAACUUCCCUUUAUCUAGGUACUAAAAUGUGCAAGUUUCUUUUUGUGUAUAAUUCCAGAAAAGACUCAUUGAAUAAAUAUUUAAUGUUGCUCUCUUUUAAAGGAGUCACAAUGCACCCAAACCAAGAGUUAGACCUUAGAAACAGAAAGUGUAAUGGCAGAACAAGAAGAGAUCUGGAAUAUCUAGCACCUGAGAAAGCUGAAGAACUACCAAGUGAAAUAUAUUUUAAGAGUGAGGAAAUAGGAGACCUGGAAAUCUCAGCAAUUGCAAGCCAAGAUGGACUGGCAUGGGAUCUAGGGAAGACCGAUAGAGCAGAUACAGACGUUCUCAUGGAUAAAUCAGACAGGUGGUGUGAUGUAAUGACAGGUCAUCUGGAAUCACUGGUUGCAGGUGACAGGGAAGUUCUACUGGCUAAAGCAAAGGAUCUUGAAAAUCUAGCUCCCGUGUUUAAAGAUGAAAUUGCAGAUAAACCCACGCCAAAUGACAUAGAGGUUACAGACACUUUAUUAGAUCAUUCAGAGGGUCUUAAAAAUCAAUCUCCUUUGUAUCAGGAUGUAAUAGUGGAUGUUCUGGAUAAACCCAUGGCAAUAGAUGUAGAGGUUACAAAGACUUUAUUAGAUAACUCAGAGGAUCGAUCUCCCGUGUGUCAGAAUAUAACAAUGGAUUUCCUAGAACAGACUGAUACAAGAGAUACAGAAGUUUUGAUGGAUACUUCAGAGGAUCUUGAGAGCCCAGCUCAUGUGUGUGAGGAGAGUGGCAUGCAUAGUGAUCUAGAACUGCGAGAUACCCAAUGUGAAGAAAUUCACUUAACUUCGCAUUACUUGGAAGAUGUAGAAUCCUCUGCUAUCAGCUACAAAGACAGAAAAAUGAGUGCUGAGAAGCAGACCAAUCCAGAGUUUACAGACUGUCUACAGGAUAAAUUAGAAGACCCAGAAAGCUCUCCUCAAUCGUAUAACGAUGAAAGUGAUAUGGAGACAAGAUCAGAGAAGAUUAUGGAUGAUUUAAUUCCUCAAAUUCAAAAUGAAGAGGAGACCAUGCUGGUUAAUCCAGAUCUUAUUAGUACAAAGGAAGAGGCGUCUUUGGUGUGUGAGCAAUAUAAACCCAUACUAUAUAAAGAGACAAAUGUGGAAUUAAUUAUGAUUGGAAAAGGAGAGCUGGUUUCAAGUGACCCACACAGCAAUAUCAAGGAUGGUGAAGAGAGUGUUGGAGAAAUGGUUUCAGAAAACCAAAUGAAUGAAAAAAAUAUUUUGACUCCAGAAAAUCCUGGAAACAUGGAUUUUCUAGAUAGUAAUAUAGAAUAUUUCACUGAAGUCACAAUACAACAUGAGGAUAUAAAACAAGAAAGUUACCAUGAAUUAUCUCAAUCAGAUCAAGAAUCUAGGCAGGUGGAAUUUACAAAUACAUUAACCACACAAGAUGGUGAGGAAGGUAGGGCAAUAGCCGACAUUUCUGGAGAGGGGCACAACCCUUCGCUGGUUGAAGAAGAGCAUCACCUAGGUCCUUCAGAAGUAGAGAAUGCCAGUUUGGAAGAUGUAACUGAGAUUGCAACAUCCCCAGUAGUAGAAAAUAGAGAAGUGCAAAUGAGAAAUGAGUCAUAUAUGCAUUCCGAUAGCUUUACAGUGAAUCUAAAAAGUUCAUUUGCAGAACAAAUACAUUUCAAGCAGCAGGUAGAGGAGCAGGAAUGCCCUUGUAAUGUAGACUUACCGGAAGUACAUAUAUCAGUGGAAGUAGAGCCAGUUGUGCUGGAUCUAAUACCAUCAAACUUAUCUGUUAAUGAAGAACCACCUGUAACGGAGCAAGUUCCUUUGUUAGAGGAGAGAAUGCCUUUGAGUAGCUUAGAUCAGUUACAUAAAACCAUUUCUCCAGUAAACGAGUGUAUCUCAGACAGAGGUGAUGAUGAGAAUUUAUCAGUAGAUGUUGUAGAACCAGAGAACAGAAUAUUUGUUGAAGACAAAUCAUUGCAAGGUUCAAGUGAAUCUUACAGAGAAGUCGAGGAUAAACAUGAAUAUUUUAUCAAAGAAGAAACCCAUUCUAAUACAGAAAUUGAGAAACAAAGGAGAGAAAUACACAUCUCUCUCACUACUGAUGAGUCAGAGGGAAUAACAAAUUAUACAUCUAUGGAAGAAGACAAUAUACCUGUACACAAAGAAACAGCUUUACCUGAUGUAUUAAUUGUGGAAUCAGCACAUUUUCAGGUUUCACAUCCAGAAGAUGAAGAACAUUCAAUAUCACAAUCAGACAAGGCAACUACCAAUUUAGAAGAAGACCGCCAGCAAGAUGAAGGUCACAGUUACAGCUUGGAUGAUGUGCUAUCAGGAGAACAACAGCUAAUACAGCAAGAAGAGAAUGAUCCAAAAGAAUAUGAGCGGUCAGUGUGGUAUGAAGAAUAUAAGGCUAUAACUGGGAAAGAGGAAUAUAAAUCAGAUAUCAAAAUAAAUGUUCCAAACCAAUUUGAGGAUUUCGGUGAGGGCUUAGAAGAAGCAGAAAUGUCUCAUACAAAUGUGAGAUCAGCUGAAGAACUUUCAAUUUCUUCAACAGAAAGUGAAGAAAUAUUAUUAGCACAGGAUACUUUGAGUUGUGAUAAAAAAGAGGAUAUUGAGGAAGGAGAAGAUAUGCAAGGAAGCUUCAUUAUAAUUCCUGAGGAAACGUUGAUUUCUCUCGAAUCAGACACUCAGGUAAUAAAGCCAACAUUGGUAAGUGGAUCUACACCAGGCAUGAGUUCAUUACUAGAUGUGAUGUCGCUUCAAGCAACAGAUAAAACAGAAAAUGACCAGACUCUGGAAAAAGAUUUUGUUUCAGAGGAUGAGGCCGGAUCUUUGCAAGAAUCAGGAACAUUACCAGCUGUGUUUGAUGAAUCCAAGGCAGUACAAAAUCUAAUAGAACUGAGUAAAACUUCCACAACAGAGCAUGAGUUCUCAAAUAUGAGAGGAGAGGAAACUCCAGAAAGAAAUCUCUCAGCUGACAAUACAGAUAGUAAAGAAACAAGUGUAAUAGAGGUACUGGAACCAGAUUGCAGAGAACACAAUGGCAUCUCAUCUAGCCAAGCAAUGCAUAGUGAGUAUUACUAUACAGAUGAUGAUGCUUUUGAUAAAGAAAUGAUGAGAAGAGACGAACGCUCAACCAAUGGCAAACACACUGUUGAGAUCACAGAUGAUAUUAGCGUUACUGAAUUCCAAGUUACUGAAUUCCAAGUCUUCAAUACAAAAGGAGGUAAUUUUUACACAUUACAGGAUAAACCGAGCAAUGCAGUAGAAGACGGUAAGAGUCUAAUGGGUGACUAUCAACCAGUGAGAGAAGAUAUAGAUGUUCCAAAACAUGGUACAGAGCAUCAGGAAUCCUUCAGUGAUUCAUUGCAAGAAAAAGAUUCUUUGGAGCACAAGGUUCUCCUAGAGAAUGAUGAUAACAAGGAAGCAUCACUGAGAAGCAAAGGUGAAUCUGAGCGAAAGGAACCACCAAGCGAGUCAGAUGAAUCAUGGACUGAGAAUGCAACUGGAGCAGGAUGCCUACCUCAAGGAGAAACAGAAGGUUUCAGAGAAAUAGAUAUUGUUCAAAGUAAUAACAUUAUAAAAGAUAAAGACUCUCAAAUUAAAUUAAACAUUACUACAGUGCCGGAAGAUAAUUUUCUAAAAUUGUCAGGCUUUGAGGUAGAUAAAAAGGAAGACGCUUUUGGGAAACAAGUUAAUUUGUUUGCUGGAGAAAGGUCGGUGGAGGUCCACCAUGACAAUCUACAUGAAGACAGUUCGCUGAGUGAAAAACAGUAUUUCUCCACAGAUGGAAGUCAAACCUAUGCAGCAAAAGAAGACAAAGAUUGUUCCCUUACUGAAACGCACCAUCAUUACCAAACAGAUCUCAAAGUGACUACACCUCCAGAAGAUCCUGCAGAAACAUUAGAAGAAUCCCACUGGAAACCAGAUCACUCACCCCCAGAAAUAUCUCAAAGUGAUGAGAUAACAAGAGAAGAACAUUAUACAAGGUUACAUGAUCCUUUGUUAACUGCAGAAGAAGUCCAAGGAUGUCAGAUGGAGAUAUCGCAGACACUAGUUGAUAAUCAUGGAAUAAGUAUAUUUGAAGAACGAAAUAUACCAGCCGAAGGAAUGAUGGAAAGUAACAAACAAGUAGAUGUAUUAUUAAAUAAAGAAUCUCUGCCACCAGGUCAUUCAGAGCAAGCUGCACCUGUUAUUGAACCAGAAUCAAGCGUUGAAGAAAUCGGAGACACCCAUAAAGAUUUAGAUCUCUUAUCAGAAAUUCCGAGUUUAAUUGACCCCAUGCAAGUUAAAACAAGUUCCACUGAAAUGACAGAAGAAACUGAUCUUGUAAUAAAAAGCCAUUCUACAAGCACAUCAGAUCAAUCAGUUCCGGAAAAAGAACUGGUCAAGGAAGCAUGCAAUCUGGAAGAUGCACCACCAGAUCGCCCAUCAGAAGAUAUUGUCGUCUCUGAAAUUUCUACCACUUCAGAUCUCCAGGAAAAUGUGACAGAUAUUUUAUUUGGAUUUUCCCAUACUAAAAUUCCAAUUGAAGAAGACCUUAGUAUUAAUGGCAGCAUUCAAGCCAUACCAGGACCUGAAAUUGUUAUAUCGGCUGACUAUGGUCUACCAGAAGACAUUGAAUUGGAAUCUGGUCACAUGGUGGAAGAAAUCAAAGAAGAAAAUUAUAGCGAGGAGGAAGAGAAUAUCAGAAGUACACGUUCAGCAACUGAUUGUGUCUCCAGUAAAAAUCAGAGGGAACAUAAAGAUACUUACCCAGCACCAUCAGAACCUCAAACAAAUAUGAUGGAGGUACCGGGACCCAUAGAGGAGGAUGAUGAGAUAGAUGGCGAUAUGGUGAGAUUUCUACUUUUUAAAUCACUAUCUCUCUAUUAUUAAGGGAUAUUGUAAAUGUGUCACUGUAAUAAAAUUUGGACACAUGUCUAAAUAAUUCAGUCACCAUGGAAACCAAUAAGAUUAUCUUGCUGAUUUUGUCAGGUUUCUUAUAAAGCCCCAUUUCUUUUUGUGCCAAUUUAAUAAUGCUCCAUUAAUAUCAAUUAAUUAAAGCGUCACUGCGGGGUCUAUUGAAUAAAUACUGAAGUUUAGUGAAUUGAAGAAAUUUUUUUUUUAAAUGUAGUGUAUGAUCUGGCCCUGAUUAUAAUAAAGUAUCAAAUCUGUGUCUAAAUAUUGCAAUUCGGUUUCAAUUGAUUACAAAUCAGUGCUUAGUCAAUAAAUAUACACGCGUCACUUUGCAUUGCACUGUAUCAUAUGAAUUUUACUACAUAAAAUAAUUAGUUAGACAAGGACGUAUGAGGAACGAUAUCCUAGAAUAAUGAACAUUUCUCUCUGUGUAAGCGAUAUUAAUGCACAGAUAAUCUUUAUAACAUACAUUAUUUUAUUUCCAGAUUAAUUUAGUAUUUCUUAAAUCUGUGCUGCAGUGGUUUAUGGGAUAUGUAGUUCAGCUCAAGCUGCAGUUCUUCUUAUCAGAUCUGAAUAAACUGAUAUACCACUGCUGCAAUCAGUUUAUUUAUAGUCCUGUUUGCAAUUUUGUGAGUAGAACUGUGCAGAGUUCAUCCUAGCUGCCGAGUAUUCAUGCGUACAGCUGCGAUUCAGGGGGCGGUGGAGUGCAGUGGGUAUGACCACCCUGUCUGUAGAAAUAACUUGGACAGAGAUUGGACAGCAAAGCAGGAAGUAAUCAUUAUCCAUUGACAUCCAUAUCAGAGGGGGCUGCCUCAUAGCUGUGUGAUUUUAGCGAUUCGCUGUAGUAAUAAGUAACAUAGACGUGAAUUUCUCUCUAAUUCUGAAGCUUUUUUACUUUCUCUAUUCUUGACUGUGCGCCACUUAAAGUAUUUUUUUCUCUUUCCUACCAGCUCCCUCACAGGACACUAGAUUUAAGUGCACAGAAAAGCAGAGUUCAGCUGCGCAGGAAAACGUCCAUCCGAAGGCGGCAGGGUCAGCGCCAGUCCCUUCCUGACCCACAGCCCAGUGAGCAGCCCCCACCGGUACACCGGCCCUUUUCAGUAGCACUUCCAGGACUGGUAGGAAAGCCGCCAAUACACCCUUCAGUGACCCCCAUGGCACACGCAGUGCCUCCUCCUGCAGAAGAGAGAAAGGAAGAGAGAGCGGACACGGAGGAACUCGCUAUUAAGCCAAAGAAGGUCUUCCCAAAGCAUGCUGGGUAAGGAUAACCUUAGUUAAAGGGAAACGAAAUCCAGGUUUUUCCCGCAGCAGAGAGCGUUUGCACAGCUGGUAUUUACAUUUUUAUACACGUGAAGGGACUACAGACAUGGGUCUGCUAUGACUAAGUGCAUGCUAGAAUGAUUUUAGUGGGAUUUUUCCUGCAAGUUGCAACAAAUAUCAAAUAUCUUUAAUUCUGUCCUGAUUUCAGUCUUGAGCUUAAAAUAUUUUUGUUGUGUGUGAACACCACCUUCUUCCUCUUUGUUAUUGUCCCCCCCUCCCCCCUUCAUUUCUGAUUGAGCGUCUUGCUUUACGGCAAUGCUGCAAUACUCUGGUGACACCAUGGUGCAGAGAAGUUUGUUGUAACGUUACCCUUUUAUAAACUUAUCAAACUAAUAAAUGGCUAUGGGCAGAAAUGUUCAUGUCUGCUAACACAAGGCAUUCUCUGCAACAACACACAGUGGCCAUUGUGGCUCUCACACUGCAAAGCAAUUAGGGUAACUGCAAUAUCUACCCGUAGGGGGCAUGGGUUUCAGGGUGAAUUUGGGGUGUUUUGUGUGCAGUGACUCACAUACUAUCCUCUUCCCUUUCUCGGGGCAGAUUUGGGAUCCCACACCCCCAGAUGAUGCAGGAGCUGCAGUCACGUCUACUCAAAAAGAAACCCAAGGAGUGA